AUGCCUUCGCCGAUGCCUUCGCCGAUGCCCACCCCGAUUGAUUGCUUACUGCUCGAUUCACAACACCAUCCGACUACUCUCAUAAUGACGCUCAUCAUCGACACCAAGCUCAAGCUCAACAGUGGCUACGAGAUCCCUCAACUGGGCUUCGGUCCCCCCUUCAGAUACAGCAAGAUGCGUGUCCGAAGCUGUAAAGGCCGGCUACGCCCAUGUGCGAGUCCCCCCUGUAGCAUAUGCGCAGUUACUGACCACCCCCAGAUCGACUCUGCGGCAUUGUACCGCAAUGAAGGAGCUUGCGGCCAGGCCAUUCGUUCCUUUUCCCGCGAGAAGAUCUUCUUCACCACCAAGAUCAUGCCUUACACACUGGGCUAUGAGAGUGUUCAGUCCCAGAUUGACCGCAUGCUCAACGAGACGGGGCUCGGGUAUCUCGAUCUCGUGCUCAUCCACGCCCCCUACGGCGGCUCGGCCAAACGCAAAGAAUCGUGGAAGGCCCUGGUGGAGGCUGUUGAGGCCGGCAAGGUCAGAAGCAUCGGUGUAAGCAACUAUGGCGUUGCCCAUCUCCACGAGCUGGAAAGGCACAUUGCCGAGUUGGAGGAGGAGCGCGGCGGCAAGGGCAAGGGCGGCGUCAUCAGCGUCGGCCAGUGGGAGAUUCACCCCUGGUGCCCCAGAGACGACAUUGUCGAGUGGUGCAAGAAAAGAAACAUUGCUGUCGAGGCCUACUGCCCGUUAGUCCAGGGCAACCGAUGGGGUGAGCCCAUUGUCAAGAAGCUUGCCGAGAAGCAUGGAAAGAGCGAAGCUCAGAUCCUGAUUCGUUGGAGCUUGCAGAAAGGCCUGGUCCCACUGCCCAAGAGCGUGAAGUCUGAAAGAAUCGUCGCCAACGCUCAGGUCUACGACUUCGAGCUUACUGAGGAGGAUAUGAAGUCGUUAGACACUGGUGUGUACGAGCAUGUGUCUUGGGAUCCUACCACCGCUCCACUCAAGGAUUAA